GGGCAGAGUCCGGGCCGCCGCCGCGGCCACCUGGGAGAGACCAGGAGCGGGUGCGGGUCCCGGAAGAGAGCGCGGCUGCCGGCCGCUUGGUCCCGGUCCCGGUCGAGGCCAGGGGCGCGCGGCGAUGUGAGCCAUGAGCGCGACGUGGACGCUGUCCCCCGAGCCGCUGCCGCCAUCGACGGGGCCCCCGGUGGGCGCGGGCCUGGACGCGGAGCAGCGCACCGUGUUCGCCUUCGUGCUGUGCCUGCUCGUGGUGCUGGUGCUGCUGAUGGUGCGCUGCGUGCGUAUCCUGCUCGACCCCUACAGCCGCAUGCCCGCCUCGUCCUGGACCGACCACAAGGAGGCGCUCGAGCGCGGGCAGUUCGACUACGCGCUGGUCUGAGCGGUGCGGCGCCCUCGGCCGGCCCUCCGCGGGGUCUCUCUCCAGGGGCCGAUCCGACGGGGCGCCGCCGGGCCUGGACCGCGCUCAGGAUCCUGCCCCCAAGCCCGCAGCCCGAGGGGGGGAGGGCGUCAGGAGAAGUCCAACCCCUCCCCCCUCACACCCCUCCCAUCUUCCCUCCUGGCCAGGCCGGAGCCCCACUUCGUGCCUUUAUCCCGCCCUGUCCUCUCUCCGCAACUCACCGGCCCGGCUGGCCCCCGACUCUAAAGCCUGGGUGGGAAGAGGACGCCCGCCCCUCCGCCCCCAGCGUGUAGGUGGCUCUGCUAUUGUCCUGCCGCCGAGCAUGAGUGUCAUGUCCGCUCCCGGGUUCGGGGACCCCCGUGUCCCUUUCCCUCCCUCCCCUGUCCUCUGGCCAUCCUCACUCCCCCGCCGCCCGCCCCCCUAAGUGUUGAGUCCCUCCUCGGGCUCCGGCCCUGCGGGCUCUCCUGGGCCCAUGAGGUGGACGCUGCAUACCAAUAUGCCCUGCGCGGCCUGCUCCGGAGACAGAGACUGAAGAGCGACAAUGGCUGCUGUGUCCAGGAUGCGAGGCUCCUUCCAUGGCGGGGAGAGCGCAGACAGGCUCCCUCCCGCCCCUAGCCCAGGCCCCAGUUCAGGUCAGCGCACGCCCCUCCCUCUGUCACCACCUCCACCCCUCAUCGGCCCUCCUGCCACCUCCCCCUGAUCCCUCCUGUAACCCCCACUCCCAGGCCCUCCCCUUGCUUUCUCAUUCUUCCCUGCCUCUGAGCCCAUGGUAUUAAUAAAAGCUAUUAUUGAGCGCUUAC